GAGGGCUCCGCGCGGCGGCUGAGGAGAGGGGCGCCGCGCCGGCCGAGGCAGCUGGCCCUCCGCGGGCGGCACCAGGCCUAAGAAUUUUGUUUCUGUACAGUAAUAUUCAGCAUGCUGUUACUCUGUCACAUGCUGAUCGGAGCUUUUCUUCAGUUUUUCAUCCUUUCCUGGAACUGGGUUUCAUCUGAGAACAUCAACUUCUAUAAUGUGAGACCUCCACUAGACCCUACUCCAUUUCCAAACAGUUUUAAGUGCUUUACCUGUGAUAAUGCAGUGGACAAUUACAACUGUAACAGAUGGGCAGAAGAUAGAUGGUGUCCUGAAAGUACUCGGUACUGUUUGACCAUUCAUCUCUUCACAGACCAUGGGAAGAGUAUAUCAGUCACCAAAAAAUGUGCUACUGGAGAUGAAUGCCAUUUUGUAGGCUGUCACCAUCACAGGGAAAGUAGUCAUAGAGAAUGUGUUUCUUGCUGUGAAGGUAUGAUUUGCAAUGUAGAAAUACCAACCAAUCACACAAAUGCAGUUUUUGCUGUAUUGCAUGCACGGAAAACGUCAGAUGGCAGCAGGUGGACAGUCAAUACUGCAUUGCUUGCAUCAGUCAUGAUGAUUCUGUUGUCCUAAUGCAGCAUCCUCCUGUUACAUCUGCUUGAGAGGGUUUGCCUUUCCAUGGACUCAUAAGAAGCUGUCUUCAGGAUGUGCAAGGUGAAAUCAGAACUACUUCUCAAUUUACGUAAGAAUUUAAGAAACCAGUGGGAAGACAAGUGUACAUCAUGAAGUUGCUGGAUAUGUUAGUGAAAAUACUUCAAAUGGCUUGCAGUAUUUAAAAGAAACUGCUAGUGAUUAGGCAGCACAGUGAACUUUUAAGUUCUUAUAGUUCACUGUUUUAUGGUGAAAAUUCACAUACACUUGGCGUCUUUCUUGAACAGAGAAAAGAAGUGUCUGCAGACAAUCACUUCAUUGUGUGAAAUGAAAGGGGACUUCUGAUGGACCAUGUGCCAGCAAGUGUCUUGAUGGAAACUGGUUAUAAACUAUUUUUCACUGUGUGUAAAUAACAUGGAGUGUCUUGUCUUGAUCUACAGGUAUAUAUAAGCUCAUCUUUAGUUAUGGCUUUCAUAGAGUACAUAUAUGAGAUUUUUUUCUGUUUUGAUCAGAGCUGUCAUAUCUAUUGGAAAUAAUAGAAAAUAAUUUUUAAACUGUAUCUUUUCUGUAAAACAUUGUCAUACCCUCAGAUUAUAAAGUAAUGUGAAAUUAUGCGAAAUUUCUGUCUAAAGAUCACCUAGGUCAGAAUUCUUAUUUCUCCCUCCCUCAGGAAGAUGGUUUGCUUGUAAUAGAGUCCCACCUUAGCUGCUCAUCUCCUCAGCUCCAGAAUCUUCAUCCUUGUGAUAUAUUUAAAGUGUUGGUAAUACCAUGACUUUUAAAUUGUAACUACAGUCAAGGCAUUACUGUAUUAUAAAAAUUAUAAAUAGGCAUUUGAUGUAAAUAAGGAAAAAUCUACUCUUUGUUAGCAGAAGACUAUCAGAAAUGUUGUUGCCCUUGAGGGAUCUUUACAUUGUAAGCACUCAGCGCUUUUGGAUAUCCUAGAACUCUGGAUAUCACUUUUGUCUAGUUUAUCACAUCUGAAAAGUUUGGGCCAAGAUUCUGCUUCAGAGGGGGUUUAAUGUGGUUUAUUUGCCUAGUUUGACUUUGGCUCUUUGUAAUUUAGAUGACUUUGUCAGCUGCGUGGAACAGCUACAAAUUUGAUGACUUUGUCAACUAGAUGGAACAGCUGCAAAUUUGACAGAUAGAGUUUAGUUACUGUUAGAUGUACUGAAAACUCUUUCCUUUGCCAGUUCUGUGCUGCAGACCUGCAUAUGUGAGCUGCUUGUCUGAACUCUCACUUUACCCCCUGUAGUGCAGUACAGUACAUUUCAGGACUUUUGACAGAUUGACCUAAAUACAGUCUGUAAUAGGUCACACUUACCCUGUGCAUGUUGGCUACUUUGUUAAUAGUUCACCUUAAACUGUUUGGAGUGCAAACCCCCUUAAUUGUGGAGGUCAGCAGGCACUGACGUUGUUUGAUGUUUCUCAGGAUGGUUUUAAUGUGACUUUAUAUCCUAACAAAUUCCAGGUGUUCCUAUUUGUGUGACUGUGUUUUCCAUCU